AUGUCGGCGUAUUUGAGCAUUGCAGUGCCCCCGAAGCGCAUCAUCAUAUGCGCAGGAACCCUCAACCUGGGUGUGGCACCUUGGGACGAUUUCGUUGAGAAGGAUAUUGAUGAGACUUUUGUUUAUACUCAGAAUUGUGUUCUCGCCGGAGAUGUUGUGGCGAAGGAUUUGAACCUUCAUACCGGUUCGUUCCAAACUAUCGGUAUACCGAUCAUAAAGGUUACCGGUGCGCCGGGGGGAGAUGCGAAAUCAGCAGACGAAACACACAGAAUUGGAGGGAAUGGUGGGAAAGGGUACUCUUUCUACUUCUCGGCCGCCGAUUUUGAUUACAGGUCCAGGUUCAGAGUUGAUGCGACUGGCGGGGACGGCGGUUGCGGCUACUUCGACGCAACGACGCAGUGGGGAGGGAGCGGAGGCGACGGAGGGCCUGGGGGGAAGAUAAAUAUCAUGUACGAAGACAGUUACCAGCGCGCGAUGGGCAGCUACAGCGCGUAUGAGUACGCCCUCUCAAAGGAAGAUCCCAAUCAUCCGGAAUACACCGAGCGUAUGGUAAAGCAAGCCGCAAAGGAAACUGUCAAUGUGAUUCAUGUCCUCGUGGAAACUGACAAGGAAUAUAACAAGGAAGUUAUCACCGCAAUGGCGGACCUUUACGAGCAGCUGAACAAGACGGACAAGCACAAUCGCCCCGAUAUCACUAUAACCUUGCAAGAUUUGAAGGAAAAAAUGGCAACGUUGAGGAAAACCCUGGAAUAUCGGAAACCAGGCGAGGGCAUGCUCGUCGAGCUGAGGGACAUCGCUGCUAUCCAUGGCGGCUUUCCUGGCCGGGGGUAUAAUUCCACGGAUCGACCUGAUAGUGGGGGAAGAGGAAUAUACGGCAGGAAGGGGGAACACUGGGGAUACGGGUUUAUGGAUUACGACAUGAUUUGGGACAGGGAUAUAUUUCUGUACCAUCCGGAUCAGAUGGCGCUUACCUUGAGGGAUGCGUACGCCCAGUAUUUCAAGGGGGCCGGCGGGAGAGACGCAAAGGGCAUCAAGGACUGUGCAGUGAUUCUCGGCCAACUAAUCAACAGGCUGGGGUUCCUGAGCGAAAUCGAUCCCAAGAACCCGACCAACAAGUCGAAUUCUUCGCUCUGGAAAACCCUUAAGCGUUAUGAAUCCGACAUGUUGGUUCUGCCUUCCAUCACGACCAGGGAUGGCCUUCCUGCAUCCAUACAAUCUCUUCAGCGCACUUACACGCAGGCCGUGGCAUAUAUGAUACAGCUAGGCAGCGGGCAAGAUAUUUACGGCCAUUCGAGUACAUGGGUCCCCGUCGGGAGCUAUGAACACUACCAGGCGCACACCAAGGAGUUCCUUGAACAUUUCAAAGAUAUUGAAAAGAACUAUCAAGCCUACAUGAAAAAAUAUCGAAAUCAAGUCAUCACAAAAGCGGAAAUCGAUAUAGCGAUUGCCGAUGCAAGUCGUGCAAAAGAGAAAAUCAAGAGGCACCAGACGAAGAUGAAGGGGCUGAUACAAGAUUUAAUCCUGAGUAUUAACCGCCUGAAUGAGCAAGUAGCGCCUAAACGAAAGCUUGUUCUGGAUUCAAUCAAAGAGGUGGAAUCGAAGAUCAAAAACAGCUAUGUGGUGCCCAUCAAAGAGUUACUCGAGUCGGCGGUCUCCUUUUGUUUCAUGCCCAGCAAGUUGAUGGGUGCCGCUGUAGGUGCCCAGGCGGUGUGGAGCAUAGUUGAAGGCGCAUCGAAUAUCGAAGAUGAUGCUGGUAAUGUCGUCAAAAAAGAAUUUCUCAUCACCCGUUUGCAGGAAAUGGAUGGUUCGGUAGAGAGUCUGAAGGACGGCAUCGCGCUCACGAAUGCAGGCAGCCUUAAACCAGGAGACGCCGGCGGACCGAAGCUCGUUGCGGAAAAGGAGAAAUUGUUCACCCUGAUCAAGCAAUAUAGGAGCCUGAUAACGAAUUGGAGCACUAUUGAAGCACAAUUCGACGACUACAUCAACACCGUCACAACGCGCAAUGACAGGGCCCUGCAAUACAACCAGUAUCUCAUUUCAUGGUGGCAGGACCAGCUAGAGCUCCAGCAGGUUCAGGAUGAUGCCGAGCGGUUGCGGAAGAAAGGUCUUGACCAAGUCAGUCCCAACGUCGCGGCUGUGACAUCGUUUGUCCAGCAGGCUUACCAUGCCACGGUUGACAGGAUCUUUAAAGUCCUAUACAUGACCGAGCGUGCACAGCUCUUUUGGACUUUGGGCGAGCCCCUGGGCAAAUUCGAUACCAUCAGAAACGGCGGCGUCGAUGGGGGCAGUCUUUAUAAAGACUUGCAGAGUCUUUCUGAUACCAUCCUCGAAGCGUACGAGGUAGCCUUAGAAAAUAGCACUUCCGCGUCCCAAAAGUUCGGAGACUGGGGUGAAAAAGACGGCCCCAACACCGGGUUGACAUACACCCUCUCAGCCACGGAGCUGAAGCACCUCCAAGCCGGCGAGGAGCAAACCUCAGUGAACAUGGCGAACACCUGGGCACAGAAAUCCAAAGACAAAAAUAUUUUCCUGGGCAAAUACGACGUCCGUCUGACCAAAAUAAAACCAUCUCCGUCGUCCUCAAUCACUCGGGAAUGGAGACCAUCGUGGACAAGAGCAAACACCCGCACCAUUUCGAUCACAACUCGCGCAGGUUCAUGUUCGAGUAUAAGCACCCAUUUGACCCGAAAGAUCCAAAGAUCAUCACCGACGGCACGAUGUACGACAGCCCGGAUGCUAAAACAUGGGAAUAUGCUCGCGCUGGCCCGUUUACGACGUGGAAUAUUGUCUUGGGUAAGGCAUUGA